AUUAUUCUUUUAUUCAGUGUGUAUGGGUUCCUCAGUAUUGGAGGAAAACGUUCGCAAAUGAUGAGGCAAAGUGUGUAGGUCAACUGUAAAAUUCUUGUCUUCGCAUCUUCAGUGUACUUCGUAUCUUCAGUUAACAAGAUAUUAUUCUUCGGAUGUAACACACAAACUAUAUAUCCACAUUCGUUCAUGAUCACGGGCCAUGCGUGACCAGAAAAUCGGAUAAAAUUUACAUUCUACUUCCACCGAAAUUUGCAUGUACAGUCUUCUUCUACAGGAGUGGACAGGUUAUGAGCAACUGAGGUGUAGUGAUAACUUAUAAAGCAGAUCUUUCGACAAAGCACCAAGAACAGAGAAUUUAUACUAAAAAGUGGAAUGGAAUUGAAGUCGAUGAGAAAGAUUUUGAUUUGCAUCGUAAUACUAUCCGUCCUGCAAGAGCAGGCAAGUGGUUGGUUUUGGCGCAGGCGACGCAGGAGAAACGUGCGAUAUUGUCAAGUCGGGCAUUGGUCAUCAUGGAGCUCGUGCAACCAUAUAUGCGGUAGUACGGGUACCCAAACACGAACAAGAAGCAAAACAGUAACUGAAUGCUGUGGAGGAUCAUGUCCGUACUCUUUAAGUUCGUCGAGGCCAUGCAAUAGAAAUGCAUGUAAAAACGGAGGUUCCCCAAUCCCUGGCUCUUGCGCUUGUACGUCAGGUUGGACCGGAACAUGCUGUGAGAUAGACCGUGAUGAAUGCCUAAGCAAUCCAUGUGAUCACAAAUGUGUGAAUGUCCCUGGUAGCUACAACUGCUCAUGCAAUUCUUGCUACACAAAAGACGGCGAUAAAUGUAAAAAGGAAAAAUGCAAUAUUGGUCAAAAAUGUUUUGAUUAUGGUGAUUUACAUCCAAAUAACCAGUGUCAGGAUUGUCAACAAACGUGCGAAGCAACGUGGACUAACAACAAUACUUUAUCUUGUAAUGACAAUAAUUUGUGUACGAGAAAUGAUGUUUGCAAGUACGGGAUAUGCAGUGGAACACCGUGCCGUAAAUGCGAGAGGUGUAGUAGAAGUGGAUGUAAAGUCAAGCAGGGUUUCUGCGUUUACAAGGGAAAAUGUUAUCGAAAGAGAGGGAAGAAAUCUGGACAAGUCUGCCGCAAGUCUAUCAAGGGCUGAAAGAAAAACCUGGAUACCGCAAGUCGAAAAUUUAUUUGGCAUUGUUUGGGAUGAAUGGCGAAGAAGUUUUUUUUAUAACUAUAUAGCUAUAUAACAAACACAUGCACUAGAAUCAGUAGAAUGAUUGUAGCGAUACUACAAAGAGCACAAAUUGCGAUCAAUAAGCAUGCAACACCAUAUUCUGGACCGUAAGGUAUAAACUGAAAUAAUUCUGCACCUAAUUAAAAUCCGUUAAUCUUA